AUGGUCUUCAUAACACGCCUGAUAUCCAUGACCAACUUCGCCGUGGCCAGCUCAGCGCUCGGCUUCCAGGUCUUUGUCCUGUACCCGUGGCACAAGGAGCUCGACGCCAGCUUUGAGGAGCUCAAGAAGGAGCACCUCAAGGUUCUGGGUGCCGUCAGCGGAGGAGCGCAGAUCUCGAGGAGCGAGGGCCAGGCCAUGGCCGACAAGAUCAACAAGGAGCUUCGGGAGCACCAGCAGCGUCAGAUCCCGAGGCUAAAGGAUGGCGGGAGCGUUUCCUGGUGGAGCUGGCUCACGGGUGGUGCGAGGUGA